AUGAAGGACCCAGUGACUGAACCCUCAGUGUUGCCACUGCUCCCAGCGCCGCGGCUGGCCCGCACCUCUAGGGCCGGAGGCGCCACGAGCCGCAGCGCGGACGCGGCGCGGAGCUUCCUGGAGCAGCUAACGGCGCGGGGCGGCCGGGAGGGCGCGGUCUUCGCCAGCGAGUUCAGCAAAAGGUGUGAGUGUUACUGGGCCCAAGAACAGGAGCCACUGCAGAUUGGGCUUUUCUGCAUCACCUUGACAAAGGAGAAGUGACUGAAUGCAGACAUGAUGCUCAGGACCCUUAAGGUCACAUUCCAGAAGGAAUCCCAUUCUGUGUACCAGCUGCAGUAUAUGUCCUGGCCAGACCAUGGGGUCCCAAGCAGUCCUGCUCACAUACUGGCCAUGGUGGAGGAAGCCCGUCGCCUCCAGGGAUCUGGCCCUGGACACCUCUGUGUCCACUGCAGUGCUGGCUGCGGGCGAACAGGCGUGCUGUGCACCGUGGAUUACGUGUGGCAGCUGCUCCGGACCCAGACCAUCCCACCUAACUUCGGCCUCUUCGAGGUGGUCCUGGAGAUGCGGAAGCAGUGUCCUGCAGCCGUGCAGACAGAGGUGCAAGCCUCAGUCUCGGGCUCCUGGUUCCUAGCAACACAGGCCGGGCUUCCAUCCCUGCCCCCCCCCCUUCCUGAUGACCCCUCACCCCGACAGGAGCAGUGCCGGUUUCUGUACCACACGGUGGCUCAGAUGUUCUGUUCAGCGCUCCAGAACGCCAGCCCCAACUACCAGAACCUCAAGGAGAAUUGUGUCCCAUUCUAUGACGACGUCCUCUUCCUCCGGACUCCCGGGCUUCUUGCCAUGCCCGGCCCACCAGGCGGGACCCUCAGGAGCAUCUCGGUGCUGGCCCCGGGCCUCGCCAUGGCCGACACGUACGCGGUGGUGCAGAAGCGCGGGGCGCGCGCGGGCGCCGGGCCGGGGUCGUGGGCGCGCAGCGCGGAGGAGGCGCCGCUCUACGCCCAGGUGGCGCCGCGCGCCCAGCGGCCCGGGACCCACGCGGAGGACGCGCGGGGGGCGCCGCCGGGCCGCGUUCCUGCUGACCAAAGCCCGGCCGGGUCAGGCGCCUAUGAGGACGUGACGGAUGGAGCUCAGACCAGUGGGCUAGGCUUCAACCUGCGCAUCGGAAGGCCAAAAGGGCCCCGGGACCCCCCGGCCGAGUGGACCCGGGUGUGAGUGCUGCACCAGCGCCUGCCUCUCCGCGUGAGCUCUUGGACUGCUCGCUGACAGCCACGCUCCACUGUGCCACGUGUUGGGAGUGGGAACACUGGCCCUGAUCAAAAUAAAAGUUUCUCAGGGUGAGAAAUGUGGGGCUUUGCCCUGGUGAUUACAGCAUUGGAGGCUUGAGGCUGG